GAGUUAGGUUUUCCCACGCGCCGUACGCCACCCACCUCUCCUCUCUUCCGAGGAUCCCACCUUUCCUCUUCCUUCCUUCCUUCCUUCCUUCCUUCCCCUUUCUUCUUUUUCCUUCUUCCAGUGCCUCUUCUCCCCUCCACCCGCCGCCGGUGACACCCUCCUUCCCCUGAGCAUCACGUGGCCGGAGCGUGCUAGGUUUCUUAGGCUAUAAGCCUCCUUUUGACUUAUUUAAUCGAAGGCAGUGGUGGCAUGAUGCCUAGCCUUAUUCAAUCCUCGUCCACUUUCAAUCAAAUCUCUCUUCUCCUAUGAAAUUUCUACAGAUCAAUUAGUAUCUGUUUGGAGUUGAUCAAAGGUAACAGAAGGAAACAAAAUGCCUCUGGGAUUGAUAAUAGGACUGACUAGGGCAAUGCGGAGAAAGAGAACUUCAUCACUGAGUAUAUUAUCUUCUAAAAGAGGGCCAAGAGACUACUACAAGGGAAAGAACUGCAAGCCCACUGGUUUUCACACUCGGAAAGGUGGUUAUGUUAUGAUGGAUGAGAAGAUGCCGCGUUAUGUAGUUCCAGAUUUGACGGAUUUUAAGCUCAAGCCAUAUGUAUCACAAUGCCCUCGAGUUGCAAAUGUCGGCUCAACCACAGCAGAGUCUUCCGGUACAGCCAAAGUAAAUGUAGGUUAAGAUUUUGGCUCCCACUGUGUUGCUUCGUCAUUGCCACGCCAAAACAAGUGUAGUAAAGACGUAGAACACUAAUUUCUCCUCUCAGUGACUGCUUGUUGCAUUUUUGCCUUUGCAUCGUCCUGGACCUAUUUUUAUUUGCCUGCCGUCAACAAAGAUUACUGGCUAUGGAAUUAGGUAUGGUUCGUUGUUGUCAAUGUACGAGGAACUAUUAAAUUACAAUUUAUUUUUCAGCUCUAA